AUGCCUGUUGGAACAGUUCUCGUCACUGGUGGCACCGGCUACAUUGGCUCCUUCACCUCUCUUGCCCUGCUUGAGCACGGUUACGAUGUUGUCAUUGUCGACUCGCUCUACAACUCGUCCGAGGUUGCCCUCGACCGCAUCGAGCUGCUGGCCGGCCGCCGUCCUGCCUUCUACAAGCUCGACGUGACCGACGAGAAGGCCCUCGAUGAGGUCUUUCAGAAGCACCCUGCCAUUGACAGUGUGAUUCACUUUGCUGCUCUCAAGGCUGUCGGCGAGUCCGGCGAGAUUCCCCUCGAGUACUACCGUGUCAAUGUCGGCGGCAGCAUCGCUCUUCUCCGCGCCAUGGAGCGCAACAACGUCAACAACAUCGUCUUCUCCUCGUCCGCCACCGUCUACGGCGAUGCGACCCGCUUCCCCAACAUGAUCCCCAUCCCCGAGCAUUGCCCCAUUGGGCCUACCAACACCUACGGCCGCACUAAGUCCAUGAUUGAGGACGUUAUCAGCGACUUUAUCAACGCUCAACGCAACAACCUCGAGAAGGCUGGCAAGGAGUACAAGCAAUGGAACGGUGCCCUUCUGCGAUACUUCAACCCCUGCGGUGCCCACCCCAGCGGCAUCAUGGGCGAGGAUCCCCAGGGCGUUCCUUACAACCUUCUGCCCCUUCUUGGAAAGGUCGCGACCGGUGAGCGCGAAAAGCUGUUGGUAUUCGGCGACGACUAUGCCUCCCGAGACGGCACCGCCAUCCGCGACUACAUCCACGUUGUCGACCUUGCCCGCGGUCACCUCGUCGCUCUCAACUACCUCCGUGAGAACCAGCCCGGUGUCAAGGCAUGGAACCUGGGUUCCGGCCGCGGCAGCACCGUCUUUGAGAUUAUCAAGGCCUUCAGCAAGGUCGUCGGCCGUGACCUCCCCUACCAGGUCAACCCCCGACGACAGGGCGAUGUCCUCGAUCUUACCGCGAACCCCUCUCUGGCCAACAAGGAGCUCAACUGGAAGACGGAGCUCACCAUGGAGGAGGCUUGCGACGACCUCUGGCGCUGGGUUAAGAACAACCCCCAGGGUUACAGACAAGAUCCUCCUGCGGAGCUGCUUGAUGCUAUCAAGGCCAAGGCUUAA